GCCGCGGCGCUCAGCUCUGCGGCCGCCGAGCCGCCCGUGCAGCUCAACGGCUGGUACCCGUGCACGCAGAGCUCGCUGCAGAGCGACACCACCAACAUGGGCCACCCGGACCAGUACUACCUCGAGACAGCCAGCUACUCCAGCCCCACAAGGCGGAGGGCCACCGCCAGCGUUGCGCAGGCUCCGGCUUCGUCGCUGCCGUUCCUGCAGCAGUCGUUCGACCGGUUAUUCGCCCGGCACGGCGACUGGAAGCAGCAGGAGCAAGAGCAGGCGGCGCCUGAGCAGAACGCACCCGGAAUCCACCAGCGCAAGCAACACGGCGGCAGGCACAAGGGCCACGGAUCGCAGAGCAGUCCGCAGUACGAGUGCGGCGAGUUCCGCGUGCCCAUGUGCUACGACGGCGUGUGCACGAGCGACAACACCAUCGACGUGUUCGUCAAGCGCGUGAAGGCCACGGCCACGCCCAGCGGCGGCAAGAACAAGGCGCUGUGGGUGCUGCAAGGAGGCCCCGGAGCCUCGUCCACUGGCGUGGAAGGACUCAUGAACACCAUGUACCUGCAGCUGGACAGGGAGGUCAGCGUGUACACGAUGGACCACAGAGGAACGGGCCGCAGUGCCCGACUGGAGUGCCAGGCCGCAGAGGCCGGAGCGCUGGGCAGCCCUGGAGGCUCCGCCAUCCGACUGGACGAACUGCCCGCGUGCAUGGACGACAUCCGCUUCCAGAUCGACAACCAGACGGCGGCGUUCUCGGUGACGAGCGCGGCAAAAGAUCUGGCUGCGAUCAUUGACUAUGAGCUGAGCGACCAGGACGUCUACGUGUACGGCCUCAGCUACGGCACGUAUCUGGUCGAGAGGCUGGUGCACUUUGCCCCUCCGAGUGUGCGAGGAUUCUCAGUGGAUGGAAUUGUUUCGGAGAGUGGCGACACGGUGGAGAAACGGUCGACGUUUUCGAACUGGGAUCACGAUGUCGGAGUCGUGGGGAACAGGUUCCUCGCCGCCUGUUUGGCCGAUGAGUUCUGCAAGAGCAAGUUCCCCGGCGUGACGGACCUCGCGGCGUUCGUGCAUGAGCUGUUUGACAAGCUGGACGCUGCUGUGGCCAAUGGCAAGAAGGGAGUUAACGCUUGUGCCGACGUCUUGGCGAAGAACGGCAAGAAACCCUCCUACCUGCUGCGCUCGACUUUCGGCGAGUACCUCAUGUCCGACCGCACGCGGAUCGCCAUCCCAGCGGUCAUCUACCGCGCGUCGCGGUGCACGGACCAAGAUGCCGAUGCUCUUGCGUACUUCGCUGAAGGACUCGACUCUGGCGAUGGCGACGGUGGCUUUGGUGACUCCGAGCCGGAGACGCUGCUGUAUGACUCCGACAUGCUGUAUUACCUGAUCGUGUUCUCGGAGAUGUGGGAAAGCCCGACUCCGGACAAGGCGACGCUCCUCACGUGGUACGAGAACUCCACCAUGGCGUCCGACAACUACCUAUCGCUCCCGUAUUACUGUCUGUUCACGGGAAGCCGUGAGCGCGCGUGCCAGGAGCUGAUCCACCUUCCGGUGGCCCGGCCGCUGGUAUACGAGCGUGAUCAAUACUGGAACAAGACCGGCGAGCUGCCGGACGGUGUCACCGCGCUGCUAAUGACGGGCGGGAUGGAUCUGCAAACGCGCCGCAUGUACGGCGAGCUGGAGUAUGAAAUGAUGAGAGGCGAGCGCAUGCUGGUAAACUUCGACGACGCGGGCCACUGCACGACGUUCACGACGCCUAUGAACAGUGGCGGUUCGACCUGUGGCGUCCUCAUUUUGGUAUCCUAUGUAAAGGAGAACGGUGUACUCAAGAACGUAGACACAAGCUGUAUGGACGACCUGAAGCCGCUGACGUUCUCGGACAUAACGGUCGAUUCGCAGGAGCUUUUUGGUUCACAAGAUCUGUACGAAAGCUCAAGCUCAGAUUGGUAAGUCGACACAACUGUAGACGAUAUGUUGAAUAGAUCCCAAUCAAUACCACUGGAUCGGUAUUAAACUAGCAAUGGGGUUCGUUCGUUCAGAUGCUCACGGUGUCGUAUCCCGAGUCGCAAUGGGUGAGCCACAGCGAACGUUGCACCAACUCCAGCAAGAACGACUGCAAGCAUGAUGCCAAGAGUCCAGAUUGCGUCCUUGGCGAAGCUGUGCAGUAGCAUCACGUCGUUUGUUGCCACCCCGAUGUCCAAGCAACCACUUGGGACGAUACGAGCCAACCACCAGUCUGUAGCGUUCAUGAAGCUAGUUGUC